UACGCGAACUUUUAGAGAGGAGGGUCAAAACUUUUGUCGAGCACCAUUGUGACAUCAAGAUUAAUCUUUAGAACGACGGAUCCCCUGGUUAAAGAACAUUGUGAAAGGACUUCGCCAUUUUCGUGUUCGUCACUGUCUUCGUCGUGAAUGCACGUAGUACAAGGCGACAUAGAAUCGUGUCGAGAAGAGGCCACUUUACAAACUACAUCAACCAAACCGUGGCACACAGGAUUCCUGAAUCUCCAAGUCGAUAGAAGUCAGCACUGAGCAGUUGAUAAUCGUUCGUUGUUUGUGAAAUACAAACUUCUGUAGCCAUGCCGCGAGACGCCGGUGCCGGAAAGGGCACCACAAGUGAGAAGUCUGGAGUAACCGGUAAAGGCAGUGGUAAGAAGUCACCAGAUGAAGCUGGAGCAACCGGAAAAGGCAGUGGUAGGAAGUCGCCAGAUGAAGCUGGAGCAACUGGAAAAGGCAGUGGUAGGAAGUCGCCAGAUGAAGCUGGAGCGACCGGAAAAGGCAGUGGUAGGAAGACGCCAGGUAAGCCAGGUGCAACUGGAAAAGGAAGUGGUAGGAAGACGCCAAAAGCGCCGGCUGCAACCGUAAAUGGCAGUGGUAGAAAGACACCAAAAGAUGCAACCCGAAAAGGCAGUGGUAAGAAGUCGCCAGAUGAGGCUGGAGCAGCCGGAAAAGGCAGUGGUAAGAAGACGCCAGAUGAAGCUGGAGCAACCGUAAAAGGCCGUGGGAGGAAGACGCCAGAUGAGUCUGGAGCAACCGUAAAACGCUGUGGUAAGAAGACGCCAGAUGAGGCUGGAGCAACCGGAAAAGGCAGUUGUAAGAAGUCGCCAGAUGUUGCUGGACCAGCCGGAAAAGGCAGUGGUAGGAAGUCGCCAGUUAAGUCUGGAGCAACCGGCAAUGACAGAGGUUUCCAGACAAAAUUGAAGAAAGCGAUAGACAACCUUGUGCGGGUUCCACAGACAGACAGGUCGGAAACGGCAAAGAUCUAUAAUCCUAUCGUCAGAGGUAUCUUAGAAGAAAUAAAAAAAAUCGCAGUGACAGAAGGAGAAAGCGACAUAUUUCGUCUCCAACAACUGAAUUCUGGAAGCUACUUCGAAAACCUGAAGGUUGACACUACAAACGAGUUCGACUUCAUGUUCUGCAUCUACGGUGAGAAGCUGGUUGUACAGGAGACAGAGCCCGACAUCGGGAUGGUAGCCGUGAAACUACUGAAGAGCAGCAAUUCCUCACUCCGCAAGUACCUAACUCCAGACGGAUUCCUGUCCCCGAAGAAACUGUUGAGCCGAUUCAGAAGUCUGGUGGAACGGGCCGUCGACACUUUGAGUAGAGCUGGAGCGGAAAGCCCUUUCAGAGGCCUACAGUUUGAGCUGACGCCGCAGAAGGAUGGAUGUCCGGCUGUCACUCUGAUGGUUGCUAAGAAACGGCUACAGAUAUCCAUCGACCUGGUGCUUGCCUUGGUGGCCCCACCGCCCUGGCCGAAAUGUACCAAAGAAUGGAAAAACGGCGUCACGCUCUGGCCGAAUUCCCGAGACAUCAGAAAGAUCAAGAAAAACGAGCUUCACCUGGUGGCAAAGGCAGCACCUCCAGGCAAAGACCCCGGUGGCAAUAAGCUCUGGAGGCUGUCCUUUUCCCAAGCUGAGAAGGAUAUCUUCAGCGGAAAGAUCAUUAAUCCAACAGAUGCCAGUCACCACGCAAAGACCUGUCGCAAAGAUUGCCUCCGAUGCCUGAAGUACAUCAAGCUACAACUGACAGGCGGCGUUGCUAGAGAUGUCGACUUCGCCUCCUACCACCUAAAAACGGUCCUGCUGCACGCGAUAGUGAAACAGCCGAAUGGUUGGGAGAACGACAACCUGGUCACCUGUAUAGUGUACGUCAUUGAUGAGUUGGUGCAGUGUAUCAUCAAAAGGCACCUCCCUCACUUCUUCAUACCAGGGUACAAUCUUUUCGAUCCUGCGGUUUUCCGUGGACUGCGACACCUGGACGCCGUGAAAAAUCAUUUCCUCCGUGUAAAGGAAGAUCUUAUGAAUGGGCGUCUACCUGAGGAGCUUAAUGCUCUAGCAAUGCCUGUGCAUUAAAGUGCUUGCGACAGCAAUGGCACCUAGUAGUAGAUAAUCAUCGUGAAAUUACAUACAGUUGAAUAUAUCACAACGCUUGCAUUGGUUGCUUCUAAAACAUGAAAUGCCUUUUAAAAAUCUGGC